UUGGGGAACGGAAACACUUGUUGGUGUGUCUCGCGAAUUACCAAACGUCAAUUGUUAGCGCAGGGCUCAAAUAUUUGCUUUGCCGAUUGCAAAAUGUGAAGGAAAAAUGAUUGGCAGCGCUUUGCUCGCUGACCGUGGGCUGUGUUGAGGUUCAGUAGGGUGAAUGUGCUCUUUAACGCCCACAUGCAAUGACGCAGAGAGUAGAAAAAUACCUGGUUAGUUUCCGUAAACCGCAUGAUACAUUUGCAUACACUCCAGGAAGUUUAAUGUUCACGAGACACUUGCAUUGUACACCUGGCUGGUUUACAUUAUUUCCUGAACAUUGUAGGAUAUUUGAGUAAUUCGUAGAGAACGCUUACACUCGGACCACGAGUUCCGCGAUACGGUUAUGGUUUUUAGACUUGAAAGAAAACGGCAUCUGGAAUUAAAUCGAUUAAUCUAAAUGAGUAAAUAUGACUUUGGCCAUUGUGCCAUUGUUGUUUGGGCUUUUAUCUAUCACGUCAGCUCUGAGCAUUUUGGAAUGGCCCGCUCUUAGUUGUACACAAGAGGGUUUGGGUUGUGAAGUCCAAAUAUCUAAUUGCUUUGAUGGAGACUGGCUGAAGCCCAACGACUACACUCCAGGUGGCCCUGUGGAACUGGAGGUAGAUGUUGACACUAGAAGAGAUGAGAGAGGAGACUUGAGGCCUGUGCUUGUGGUGCGAUGGAAGGCCAAAGAUGACGGAAGUAUUUCGCACUUGAAGGGAACUGUGGUCCAUAUACUGAUGCUCUCUAACAACAGACCCAUUUGUGUCAGCUACCUCUUCUCUAAUAGUAUAGGCAUGCGAAACCGCGCUUUGGAAAUGUGGUCGUUCUCUCUGGACCGUGUGGUGGUCGAGCCUGGUCUGUCCUACGUGGUCACUGUCUCCAACCUCCCCAAGCCAAACCUGAUGCACACUAGUUACAACAUCAGCAAGAGGGUCGAGGUUCCAGAUUGCGAUGACCCUGGAAUGCAGGGAACAAAAACCUGUCUGGAAACAGGAAUUUUAUGGCGCCCUAACAUGACCCUGCAGCGGUCCACUAGUCCUGCUGGUAAGAGGUUCCUCACUCUGGGGUUCAGUACUGAUAGACACGCCGAUGACUACAGAGUCUUAUUGAAGUGCUUGACUGACAGACUGCAUAGGGACAUUGCUAAGGACAAUCAGACCUCACUCAGCGUGAACUUUGAUCUUGAGUACUGGCCACAAACAUGUUGCAGUUUUGACGCUGAGAUCCAGCCUUUUUUCCCUCUGUGCAGCAAUGACUGUGUCCGACUAAGGAAAACCUUCAACAUUUGUCAAGUCCCCCCAACACCUCAACCUCCUUCAACCUCAUCCUGUAUUGGCACCACCAUAAUUGUCUGCACAGGAGUAGUCUUCGGUUUAACCGUGUGUUGUAUUAUAUAUCGACUACUACGUGGAAGAAAGACAGAGCCACUGGGUCCCCUCGCCGUGCACGGGAAGGAACAAAGCAGGAAGCUCUCCAGGGAACACCCCAGGGUGCUGAUCAUCUACUCCCAGGACCACCACCUCUACAAGGACAUCGUACUGAAGCUGUGUGCCUUCCUACAGGCCAAGUGUGGCAUUGAGGUGGUGCUGGACCUUCUGGACACCACCUGGCUGGGCACCAUGGGCCGUCUGCCCUGGCUGGACUGGCAGUGGCAGUCCACAGACAAGAUUAUUUUCCUUUGCUCUGCGGGCGUGCAGGCCAAGUGGCGUGCCAUUUGUGGUCAGCCCAAGGUCAACCUUAGAGAGGACGUCUUCUCGUCCAUAGACGACAUGCUCACUCCCGCCCUCAACCUCUUCCUGCCAGACAUGCAGAAGCCAGCAGCCAAAGGCAAGUACCUGGUGGCUUACUUUGAGGACGUCAGCACGGAGCGGGACUUGCCGUCGGUUUUUGACAUUGCUAUCAAGUACAAGCUGAUGAAACACUUUGAGGAACUCUGCUUCCAGAUUCUGGAAGUGGAAAAAUACCAACCUGGCCAAGUAAGCCACAUUGAGGGCAUCAGAGAAGAAGAUUAUUUCAACUGUCCGUCCGGUGAAGCCCUCAAACUGGCCGUCGAAGCCUUUCAGGUCCACCAGUUUGAGCAUCCCGAUUGGUUUGAGAAGCAAUGCGUGGCCACUGAGGAGGAAGCAUUGACCGAGCACAAGCCCCUUCUCAUCCAAGCCCCUCCCGUUUACGAGUGCGUGCCAGAAUACCAAGGCGGAGCCCCCAUUCAUAUUGUUGACGUGGAGAUCAAUCAAGAAGGUGACAGUAUUUAUACGGUCACUCCGGAAGUCAACCAAGAAUGCCAAGUGGCCUCAGUUGUGGUGCAUCCCAGGAUGGACUCUUCCUGUCAUCAGAUCUACCCCCUAGAGCAGACCGUACAACUUCAGCCUGGUGUGCUCCACUCAGACCUGCAAACCCAUGGAGGAGACCCGUUCUACGUGGCCACGCCUGCUGUGUGCAUGCCAGGCUGGCUUACCGAGGACAGGAGUCCUCUGGAGGAGUGGUCAGUGACAGGUCAGCACCCCACAGAGAAGAAGGAAGAGGAAGAGGACCUGUCUCCCAGCCUGCCAUCCCCUGAGGAUUUGCAGAGGCUCAUUGCUCUUCAGCGGUUCCUCAGCUCCAGCACAGCAACCCUUUCAGAGUCGGCCAAGGAAUGGUACCUUCCCCCACACCCGUCAAUCAAUGUCUCACAGCCAGUGGAGAUGGAGGAGGAGGGCUUUGCAGCCAGUGAGUUGGUGGAAGCUUCAGAUAAAAGACCCAUCAGUGGGUCAGACCAAGGCUAUAUCUCCAGGAUUUCUUUCCCAGAUGAACAACUCUGUGAGAAUCCAAUGGCAAACCUAGCUAGGCUGCAAGAAGAGCUCUUUCAGAGCAGUCUCUAAUACUUUAGAUAAUGUUGUGGUGUAAAAUGAUAAGGUUUGGUGGAAUGUAUUGAAUUAAUGAGCAUUAUGGAUAAUCUUUCAAAUUAUUCUAUUUAGUUUACUUGCCAUAUACAUUUUUUUUUUACUUCUUAAAGAAUACAGAAAAUCCUAUCAGUCUAAGUGUAGUCCACAAAUUUAUUUUUUAUGCCAGUCACGAUUGAGUUGUACAUCUACAGUACAUCGAUAUCAUCAUAUCAAUACAGAUAUACGAUACACACUUUUUACAUGUUGAAUUUGUUUUCUGUAAAUAAAUAAAGAUUUUCAAUUUUCCUGUAAACAAUUUAGGAAUAAAACGUCCAACCCCAUUUAAUGGGAACAACAAGAGAUAGAAAAUUUGAAACAUUGAAUACAUUUCGUAUUUUCGGCUCAAGAAAGCAAUGUCCUUUGGUAGUUUGUGUUGUCUCUGUGCUUGGUCACAGUUCUGUUUGAGGUUAACAACAAAAAUAUUAUUUUUAGCAAUAGAAUCUUAUAUCAUUGCCUCAUUUGUAAACCCAAAAUAAGCCAUCUAGCAAAUCAAACAGCAUCAUCAAUAUUCAAUUAGACAACUGAUGUUUUUAUACUCUGAAAUAAAAGAGAAACUUAUCAAAACUUGUAAAUACUUUGGCAUGAUAUGAUUAGCAAUAUACAAAUCAUCGUAUUAAUUGAUAGUGCAAUCAAUAAUAUUUAAUCAUAUUCACGUAACAGGUCGAUUUUUUCUGUUUGGCAACUCAUGUUCAAGAAGAUAAUAAACUUAAUUUGUGAUAAAAACC